AUGAUGAAGCGCAAGGCUGAGAAACAACAAGCUGCCGGUCCUGUUAGCGCCAUCGCCGCCCGCAGAGCUCGGCAGCAACAAGCGCAAAAUGUGACGGUGACAAAAACCGGUACAGAGGCUGAACCAGUGGCAGAGCCACCUUCCAAGCGACCCAGAAGAUCGCUUGAGGGCGAGGAGCAGGCCGAAUUGAAGGAUGCCGAGCCUACAGGCCGCCAAACAAGAUCCUCUAAGAAGCAAAAUGAGUCUACCGCAACGGAGACAACUACAGAGCGGCCAAGAAGAGCAACACGCUCCAAGCCUGUAGAGGAGGAAGUGCAGGAAGAGCCUAAAGAGGAAGAGUCAGAGGAAGAUGCUGCCAAUGAGCCAGAAGAGAUGGACGAGGAUGAGGUUGCAUCUGUCGCUGGUGAUGCCGAUGGGUACGAGUCUCCCGCCGAGACACCAGUUGAGUUGCAGAAUUUCCCCUUGUCCAAGGCUCGAUUGAACAAGAAUAAUAUCGUCUAUGCGGAUGAGGAUACGCUUUGCAUUCGUAUUAAAGAGAAGAUGAAUUUGGCUUUGGUGGGCCAGUAUGAUCUUUGGGUUAAAAGGGGCGUCGUUAGUCUGAUGGGUGCAAAGCUGCACCCCUCGCCGCGAGUUUACCGAGUCUAUGCUCCAUCGACUCACUCCUUACCCCUCAUUAAAUGUGUCUCCGGCGUAGACGGAGAGGCCGAGGUGGAGAUCAAGUCGUGUAAUAGCGGUCUUUCCCGCCUUCGAGAUGCAUCUCCCUUAUACCAAAAGAUUUGGAAUGGUCAAAACACCGCUGCAGAUAAAUUGACUUUAAAGGGGGCUUCCAAAGAUUCGCGGCGGUCAUUCUCAGUGCUUUAUACCUCGGCGGAUGAUAAUUUGAACCGUCACCUUCGACCUCUUCAUUUGGACAAGAAAUGGAGUGCCUCAAUGAAGGCGCUUUCUCAGCGUCAAGGUCGCCUUCGAGUCUUGGUGUGCGGUCCAAAGGCUUCCGGAAAGUCUACUUUCAGUCGCUACUUACUCAACCAUGUUCUCAGUCCAGCUCCAGAAUCGGAGAACGGAUUCACUAACACUGAUGGCGUUGCUUUCCUUGACUUGGACCCUGGACAGCCUGAGUUCGCGCCUAUGGGCCAAGUAUAUUUAGCACAUCUCAGAGCCCCAUUUUUCGGUCCACCAUUCACCCACCCCUCAUUACACGACUCUCAAGAUGGUCAAAUAUUGCGAGCGCAUCACAUUGGAGCGACCUCCCCGAAAGAAGACUCCGAUCACUAUGCAUUGGCUACAAUGGAUCUUUUAGAUCAGUAUAGAUCUUUGCUUACCCAAUACCCUCAAUGCCCAUUGAUCGUCAACUACCCAGGUUGGAUCUUUGGACAAGGUUUGGAGGUUGCUACAUGGCUAGUCAAGAGUCUUGGUCUCUCUGAUGUCGUUUACAUGAGUGAGAAGGGACCAAGUGAAGUUGUGGAACCGUUGAGCUUUGCAGCAAAUGAGGCUCGAGUUCCGAUGACUAUCCUACCGUCUCAACCAACCGACUUCGUGAGCCGAUCAAGCGCCCAGCUUCGCUCAAUGCAGAUUCAAUCCUACUUUCAUUCGUCCCAUUCCACGUCUACCAGCAAUCCACUUUGGUCAGACAUGCCGUUAUCACGCACGAGGCCAAUUGCUGUCGAUUAUGCUGGCCCCAAGCAAGGCCUUCUCGGCAUCAUGGUUAUGGGAUCACAGAUCAGCCCUGAUAUGCUCCAGGAGGUUUUGGAGGGAUCUAUUGUCGGUGUUGUGGCUGUUGAAUCUCCAAGCGCGAUUCUAGGUGGCUCAUCUCCCGAUACAAAUGGGACGGUAGCACCGGAUGCAGAAGAUGAAAACAGUUCAGUAAUUGACGAUGAAAUGGACAUGGACUCAGCUGCCCCACAAGGCGAUGCGACUCCUGCGUUCUCCAUUGAUAAUAACAUCAUCCGAACACCUGAGGCGCUUCCUUACCUCUUCACCGGUUCUGGAAGCUGUACACCCUUGAACCCCAAUGCCUCUAACUGUCUUGGCCUUGCACUCAUCCGCUCCGUCAAUACCACCACUCGCAAGAUUGAACUCUCUACUCCUAUCCCAUCUUCACAACUGCGCGAUGCUACCGAAAAGGGUCACCAUCUUGUGUUGGUCCGCGGUCAACUAGAUAACCCGAACUGGGCUGUCAGCGAAGAGUACUACGCUGCUCGAGCAGCUGAACGACGAUACCAGGAGCGAAUUGCACGUGCUAGGAAGAGUGGUGGGUCUUCUGGUGACGAGGAUCAACAUGCGAGAACACUUUCCCUACUCCGAGACCGGAUCCGAAGUGCCAGUCAUGUACCUUGGAUGAAUGUUGUUGAGGAUAAUAGCCGGCAGCAACGUGAAGCGGCGGCGCGACGAGAGAAGUCUCUGUGGAAGCUGAGGAAGAAGGCUUAUCCAGGUAGUGAAAGCGAGACGGAUUGGUAG